GCACAUGCUUUUUAAUUUUCAGCAUUGUGAAUAAACCUUUAAAAUUCCCUGUGACAAUCUGUUCAUUGCCAACCCUGUUGAUAGAAUAUUUCCUGUGAAUUGGUUACCCAUUGCUGGCCUGUUUGAUCUUUUUCUUCUUGACACUUUAACAAGAUGUCGCUAGUAAUUCCAGAAAAGUUCCAACACAUUUUGCGUGUCAUGGGCACGAACAUUGACGGAAACAGAAAAGUCAUGUUCGCCAUGACGGCAAUUAAGGGAGUUGGAAGGCGUUACGCAAAUAUUGUCCUUAAAAAAGCUGAUAUUGAUUUGGACAAACGCGCUGGAGAAUGUUCCGAAGAAGAGGUUGAAAAGAUCGUUACUAUUAUGAGUAAUCCCAGACAGUAUAAAAUUCCUGACUGGUUCCUCAACAGGCAAAAAGAUAUUGUUGAUGGAAAGUACUCACAGCUCACGAGUUCCAAUUUGGACUCAAAACUUCGUGAAGAUUUGGAACGUAUGAAGAAAAUUAGAGCUCACCGAGGUCUACGUCACUAUUGGGGCCUUCGUGUUCGUGGUCAACACACCAAAACCACUGGCAGACGUGGAAGAACUGUUGGUGUCUCUAAAAAGAAGUAAACCAAUUCUUUAUAUCUAUUUCUUUCAAUAAAAUUUAAAAAAAAAUUAUAA